CUCUAUUAAAAAAAAAUAAAGGAAAAAAUAUUUCUUGGUCGAUCGAUGGCCUCUUGCAUGCACAUAAAUACUUAACCUAUCUAAUUUCACCAAAACAGUACUUGUCAAAACCUUAAAUAGGGAAGGACAGGGUCCGUUCUUUGAAGAGGGUAAACGUAUCUUGAAAGAAACAAAAUUUUGCAAGAAAAAUGAUAGGGUGGGAAGAUGUUUAUAAGGUGGUGGUGGCCAUGGUACCCCUGUAUGUGGCCCUAGCGUUAGGAUAUGGGUCUGUAAGGUGGUGGAAGAUAUUUACACCUGAACAGAGUGGAGCCGUGAGUCGCUUUGUUUGUUAUUUCACUCUCCCUCUUUUCACCUUUGAUUUCACAGCCCAUGUUGAUCCUUUCAACAUGAAUUAUCUAUUCAUUGGUGCUGAUGCUAUAUCUAAGUUCAUUAUUGUGGUGGUGCUUGCUUUUUGGGCUAAGUGUUGUAGUAAAGGAAGCUACGCAUGGUCCAUUACAAGCUUCUCUUUAUGCACCUUAACUAAUUCUCUUGUUGUGGGUGUGCCUCUAGUGAAGCCCAUGUAUGGGCAGAUGGCAGUUGAUCUUGUGGUCCAAUCAUCUGUCAUCCAAGCCAUAAUAUGGCUUACCCUUCUGUUGUUUGUGUUGGAAUUUAGAAGAACAGGACUUGACGUCUCUUCUAUUAGCAAUAGUGAAAAUUUAGAAAAGGAUUUGGAGGGAAGUGGUAGUGUAGAUCAUAACAUGGCAAGAGCUAGGCCUUCUUUCUGGGCUUUGAUGAAGGUGGUGUGGGUCAAAUUGGCUAUGAAUCCUAAUUCAUAUGCCUGUAUCAUUGGCCUUGUUUGGGGUUUCAUAGCAAGCAGGUGGCAUUUUGAAAUGCCAAGCAUCAUGGAGGGAUCUAUAUUGAUUAUGUCAAAGGCUGGUACAGGCACUGCUAUGUUUAGCAUGGGGAUCUUCAUGGCUUUGCAAGAAAAGCUAAUAGCCUGUGGGACAGGCCUAACUGUAAUAGGCAUGGUUCUAAGGUUCAUCGCUGGACCUGCAGCCAUGGCUAUUGGCUCUAUUGCUGUGGGAUUGCAUGGUGACGUUAUACGUGUUGCCAUCGUUCAGGCAGCAUUACCACAGUCCAUUACAUCUUUAAUAUUCGCUAAAGAAUAUGGAUUGCAUGCAGAGAUGCUAAGCACAGCUGUGAUCUUCGGCAUGAUGGUGUCGCUUCCAGUGUUAAUUGCUUAUUUUGCUAUUUUAGAAUUUGUACAUUAGCAAUUUCAGACAUUUUUGAAACAACCAACGUAGGUAGAAGGAAUUGUUGGAUUAUUACUGAGUUAUAUUCCUUCUAAUAUGUGUGUCCUGUGCCAUGAUUAAUCUUGUUCCAAAUUGAUUUCACCUACAUCAAUAAUAAUUAACAUUUAGAUGGAUUUGAUAUUCGAAUUGAUUCCUUUUGAUGGAGAAAAAGUACCUCAAUAAAUGAUAUGCUAUCUGAGACCCAAAUGGUUA